AUGCCUCGUCCGGGAAGAAGCACUUACGGCGACCAAAAGCCUCCCUAUUCUUAUAUAUCGCUCACAUUUAUGGCAAUCCAGAGCUCGGGCGAGAAGAUGUUAACACUGAGUGAGAUCUAUAAGUUCAUUAUGGAUCGGUUCCCUUACUAUCGCAAAAACACACAGCGCUGGCAGAACUCGUUGAGACACAACUUGUCAUUCAACGACUGCUUCAUCAAAGUUCCCCGAAGACCCGACAGACCGGGGAAAGGCAGCUAUUGGGCACUCCAUCCGACCUGUGGAGACAUGUUUGAAAACGGAUCCUUCUUGAGGAGACGCAAGCGAUUCAAACUUCCCAAACAUAUGCGAGACAUUGAAACGGCCCAGGCAGCCAUGAAUGAGUUCAAGCAAAUGGAGGCCCAGAACUCGAUUCAGGAACAGGCCAAGAUGCGAUUGACAGCACUGGCAGCCGCUCCCAGUCAUCUGCAAAACAAUAUGCACUCAGACAUCGGUCACACCAUUCAUCAAAACCCAUACAAACAGUCCUUUUCUAUCGAACACCUCAUUGGACCGGAAAAGACCAAAGAAUCCAAUUCGCAGUUAUCUGUGGCUCAGCACCAGUUGGCCGUCGCUCAGGAACAGGCGGCGGCUGCUGUGCGGGCGGCCCUUCACGCGGCUUCCACCGGCUCACUCAUCUCAGCGCAGGCAUUCAGGCCGGGCUUACCUGCCUUUCCCGGAGCCGCUUCUGGUCCGCCGACCACAAUGUCUUGGACUCCGCCCUACACGACAUCAUCAGCGAUGGCAGUGGCGGCGGUGGCGGCCGCGUCACUACAAUCUCAGUUCGGUCACAAUGGCUGUGCGAUGGGAACAACACCACUGGCACUGUCGGCAGACUUUCCUCAUUUGCUGACAAUGAACAGCGCAUCCAUGGCUUUAAGACACGGUCUCACAAAUACCUCAAACAAUUCCCUCAACUCUCUGAACUUCAACUCACUUCCGGUGAGACAACACUUUCUGCCGGCUUUGCAUCACUUCCCUAACUUCGCUGCGGCGGCCGCAGCCCUCGAGGCUCACGACCACACGGCUGCUCUGCUCAGUGCCGUCGGCUCUGCCAACCUCACGCCCCCACCCAACUGUUCGCCAUCACCUCCUGUUAGAGUGGAUUCCGUCUCAAGUGAUGUCUCCGCAAAGUCUUUAGAUGUCGUGUCCGACGAAUCCUCCAAAUAG